AUGUUGAAGAGGAGUAAAAUUCUUGACGGAUUCUUAAAAUCCAUCUCAGUGGCUGGAAAUGGCAAUGGUAGACUAGGGCCAUGUCAUUGGUUGGGAUCGGUGUUGGGAGGUGGGGAGGCUGGGUUGGGGACGAGUUUGGGGUUAGGGGCAAGGGGUAGUAAGGUUACGUGGGAUAAGAGAGCUUCUACGUUGCGAGUUGGAUCUUGGAACAUAGGAACUUUGCAGGGUAAGUCUAUAGAACUGGUGAAGAUUCUUCAAAAGAGGAGGGUUAGUAUAGUGUGUAUCCAGGAAACUAAAUGGGUAGGCACUAAGGCGAGAGAUGUAGAUGGUUAUAAGUUAUGGUACUUAGGUAGUGUGAGACAUAGAAAUGGGGUAGGUAUCUUAGUAGAUGAAGAACUUAGAGAGCAGGUGGUUGAGGUAAAAAGAGUUAGUGAUAGGUUGAUGUCUAUUAAGUUGGUCAUUGAAGGGUUUAUGGUGAACGUUAUUAGUUUCUAUGCCUCGCAAGUAGGUUUGGAUGAGAAGGAGAAGAAGGAGUUUUGGGAGGUUUUAUAUGAGGUAGUGAGGAGCAUCCCGAGUACUGAGAAGAUUCUCAUAGGAGGGGAUUUCAAUGGGCAUAUUGGGUCUUUGCCAAGAGGUUUUGAGGAUGUGUAUGACGGUUUUGGUUUUAGGGAGCGGAAUGACAGAGGACCCGCUCUUUUGGAUUUUUCUAAUGAUUUUGGGUUGUUGAUAGUGAAUUCAAGCUUUCUGAAGAAAGAGAAACACCUUAUUACAUUUCAUAGUUCAGUGGCCAAGACUUAG